AUGUGGUGCUUAGACAACAAUCUCGACUUUUACAGUAGCGGUCUUGAGUUAGCAGAAACAGAUGGGAGCUUGCGGGCUCCAGAUAAAGCGAACGGGCGAGCCCGGCAUAUUCCGUGA